UGACCUGCGUUGGCGGCUUAAAACCCUAGAGAUCGCACGCAGUUCCCGUCCCUUUCUUUGCCUCUUGACCGCCGCCGAGAGCAGCUCCCCGCAGCGGUGACGAUGGAAGCGGCUGCAAGGACGGUGAAGGACGUCUCGGCCCACGAGUUCGUUAAGGCGUACGCCGCCCAUCUCAAGCGUUCCGGAAAGAUGGAGCUUCCUCACUGGACAGAUAUUGUGAAGACUGGAAGAUUUAAGGAGCUUGCUCCAUACGACCCUGAUUGGUACUACAUCAGAGCUGCUUCUAUGGCAAGGAAGAUAUAUCUGAGACAGGGUAUUGGAGUUGGUGGUUUCCAAAAGAUUUAUGGAGGGCGCAAGAGGAAUGGAAGCCGUCCACCACAUUUCUGCAAAAGCAGUGGGGCAAUAGCGAGGCACAUUCUGCAACAGUUGCAGGAGAUGGACAUUAUUGAUUUUGAUCCUAAGGGGGGAAGGAUGAUUACCUCCCAGGGACGGCGUGAUCUUGAUCAGGUUGCUGGAAGGGUUGUUGUUGCUCCUUGAGCGAGUGUUAGGUGCUUAAACUGUGCUUCUGUCUUUUGAAGAACUUGUUACCUGCCGGUUUUAUACAGAUUUUGAUGUCUGGACUUUUUUGCCUAAUCGGGGUUCAGUUGUGUUAGCUGCUGGCUGUCUGAAAUUUAGAAUGAAAUUUCCCAUGAGUUCAGUGGUUGAAGUACUUGUGAUCUGUCUAUUGUUUUAUUAACGGAGCCUAAAGAAAAUGACGCCUUGUUUGCUCC